CAUUAAAUCUCCACCAUGCUCCACUUACUUGAGCUGGUCGGGUUGGCGACGUUUCCUUCACAACACCACAAAAACAUCCCUUCAAACGCCGCCCUCAAACGGCUGGCCGCGGCAGCAGCUCCCAACCGCUAGCUGCCUCGGCCUCCAUCGCUACUUCACUUUUCUUUACACGUCUAGCAUCCAAUGAUGAAGGACCGGCCCGAAGAACAGGUGGUAUUACCUUCAUCGUCUUCGUCAUCUUCGUCUUCCUGCGUGUUUGAGUCGGAGGCAAAUGAGCUGCAGGGGUUGGUGUUGGCCCCGCCGCCGUGGAAGACCAAGAAGAGGCUAUCGAAGCAGCUGUCCAUGUGCGAGACCUCGCGGGACAUUGCAUGGGAGAGGCGGAGAAGGCAGAUUCUAAGACAAGAGCGGAAGAAGGAUGGACUCAAUGACUCAGAGGACCUCACCGAUGAAGACCUGCAUGAGCUCAAGGGCUGCAUAGAGCUAGGGUUUGGCUUCAACGAAGAGGAGGGUCAGAGGUUGUGCAGCACUCUUCCUGCCCUCGACCUUUACUUUGCAGUCAACAGACAGCUCUCGUUUAGCCCCAGCUCCACACCGCAUUGCUCCUCCGCCUCCUCUUUGCCGCUCGAUGGCUCACUUGGCGGCCGAUCCUCAUCAUUUGGGAGCCCAAGGAGUGAGGAUUCGUGGAAAAUAUGUAGCCCAGGGGAUAAUCCUCAACAAGUGAAGACCAAGUUGAGGCACUGGGCUCAAGCAGUGGCCUGUUCUGUGAUGCAGUCUCAUUAAAUGAGGAAGGGGUUUGGGUGGCUUGUACAGAGAGAGGAGAGAAGAGAGAGGUUGGCUAAUGCUAGGAUCUUCUUUGAAUGUGCUACUGCACACACAAAUUGUGGGCUUAUAAAGCCAAUGGAAUUCAACUUUGUUUAGAAGAUUGUUCUUAAUUUCAUCA